AUGGCAAUUAGUGAUGCAACAUUAUUGAUAGAAGCAGUGGCCCGUGAGCUUUUGCAAAUGCAAGCUUCAAAACGAAGAUAUUUUAUAACCUAUUGGACAACGAUAAAAUUAGCCUUCUCCGGAGUCACGAUUUUAACCAGUAUUAUAAUAAUUGCAAAUAAGGAAGGUGCCUCCAUUGGUAGUUCGUCUUUAGCCCUAAUCGGCGCUUUCAUGUCUGCCUUAACUACCUUGGCAUGUUUUCUUUUAACAUAUUCCAAUCGAGUUCUGAAAUAUUUCGCUAACCAUGUUAACCUUUGCAGGCUUUGUCUUGCUAUCGGAGAAUUACCGCUAAUAGUAGCAUUUGGCUUUCAAAUUUAUCAAGUGAUCACGCAAUCCGAUUCUAUGAAAGUUCAAUCUGCCACUAUCGCUAAUUUAAUUACUACAGGCCUAAUAUUUAUAUCUGCAUUCAGGGUUAAUUAUCUCAUGAAAUCAUAUGGCAAAUUAUUGGUGUCCUUGGAACAUUCGCGUCGUAACGCUAUCACCGAGAGUACUACAGAUACGACUAUUACGAAUACAGUUAGGGAGAAUAGUGAAAUACCCCCGGAAUAUGGCCAGCAUGAUCCCGAAAGGAACAGCGAAUACUCUACAGGAACGAAUCAAGAAAGUGAAUCUACAGUCAAUGUGAUACUGAACCCAUUUCAGGAGAGCCUUCUUUCCAAUGAGAGUAUUAAUAAAGUACAGGAUACUAGUGCCAUACAGUCUUCCUCAUCUAGUUCAUCGAUACUUGAUGAAACUAUUUUACCGGCAAUACGUCCUCAGUAUCAUCAAUUUAAAACUUCCGAGAGUAAUCUAGAAUGUUUUAUAAACAGUAAUCAUAAUAGUGAACCUACAAUCAACCCAAUUGUUUCUAUGAUUGAGAGCUUUAGUACCAGAAUGAUUUCAUCAUGGAGAAGCUAUUACCAGCUCACUUAUGAUACUUAG